AUGCCCUCCGCAAUCAACCGGACGGUGUCCAACGGCGGCACGUCCAAGAUCCGGAUGAUGGUGCUCGAGACCGACGACCCGCACCCAGAGACGCACGAUGAGAAGGGGUCCUACAGCGAGAUCUUGCACCGGCACUUCGUCGAAGCGGGUAAGAGCCACAAUCCGCCACUGGGCGUCGAGACGGACCGGCGGUUCGUGGUACGCGACAAGGGCGGGAAGGUGCCCAAGUUCGAGGACUUCGAGGGCGUGCACUCGGUCCUGAUCACGGGCAGCAUGUUCGAUGCCGAGGGGGAUAAUCCGUGGAUUAUAGAGCUGCUCGAUCUCUUGAGAGAUCUGUACAAGCAGCGUCCAGACUGCAAGCUCAGCGGUGUCUGCUUCGGCCACCAGCUCAUAUGCCGCCUUCUCGGCGCCACAGUCGGGCCCUCGCCAGCCGGCGACUGGGAACUAGGCCACAGCCCGAUCAACCUAACCCCAGUCGGCCAGCAGAUCUUCAAGACGUCCAGCGGCCGCGUGCACCUGCACCAGAUGCACCAAGGGCAGGUGAAUUCGGCGCCGACGGCCCAAUCCGCUGGUGAUUUGUUGCCCCCCGACGCCAAGGUCCACAUCUGGGGCUGGAGCGAGCACACACCGGUGCAGGGCGUGUACAUCGCGGACCGCGUGCUGACGACGCAGGCGCACCUGGCGUUCGACGAACAGAUGGUACGUCGCGAGAUCGACAUGCGCGUCGAGAGCGGCGGCAUCCAGGACCUGGCGCAUGCGGACCGCGCCAAGGAGACGGCGCAUCUGGAGCACGAUGGCUUGAAGGUGGCCGCGGCGAUAUUGCGCUUCUUCCACGAUGAGGACAGGGGGAUUUAUGAGAAGAUGGGGUGA